CAACUCCCUCCACCACAAACACACACAGAGGCACAUAACCAUCCAUCCAUCUUCAACAGCUGGAGGGAGGCGGGGGGUGGCCUGCGAGGACGCGCCUCUCUCCUCUCCCUCUCUGUCUUUCUACCUAAAUGCGCUGCUGCUCCGUGCGCGUUCCCGACACGGAGGCAGGCUUGCGGGGAGCUGCGAGAGAGAGCAGACGAGCGGCUGCGGGGGAGAGAGAAAGAUGGAGGUGAGGGUCGGGGAGAGACUCCUGUGGCUGGCCGUGCUGUCCACUGUCCUCUGCGUGGAUUCGGUCUUCGGAAAAUACGUCAAAGGCAUCGUCAACACCAAAGAGGACUGGGUGUUCCUCACACGUUUCUGCUUUCUCACAGAGUUUGGUCGGCUGGAUUUUAAAUUUCGCUACCCAAAGUCACGCUGUUGUCAGAACAUUCUGCUCUACUUUGAUGACAGCUCUCAGUGGCCAGCUGUGUACAAGAAGCCAGAGAAGAACUGCUAUGAGAAGGAAGCAGUGCUGAGGCCUGAAAACAACCAGGUCAUCAAUCUCACUACCCGCUACACCUGGUCAGGAUGUGCGGUGGAGGACGACACCAACGAGGAGGUUCUGAGCUGCGUGGGUGGUCGCAGUUUCCGCUCAGUGAGGGAGAGGUGGUGGUACAUCGCUCUCAGCAAGUGUGGGGGCGAUGGCUUGCAGCUGGAGUACGAGAUGAAGCUGACCAAUGGCCAGUCUUUCUGGACGCAGCAUUUUUCUGCAGAUGAGUUCGGAAUUUUGGAGACAGACAUCACAUUCCUGGUCAUCUUCACGUUAGUGUUCCUCCUCUCUUGCUACUUUGCAUACAAUCUGAAGGGGAGACAGCUUCUUCACACAACCUACAAAAUGUUUAUGACGGCAGCAGGUGUGGAGGUGCUCAGCCUAAUGUUCCAUUGUGUCUACUGGGGCCUCUAUGCCAGGGAUGGAGUUGGCAACGGCAGCCUGAAGAUACUCGGGAAAUUACUGUUCUCCGUCAGUUUCUUGGUGUUCCUUCUGAUGCUCAUACUGUUGGGUAAAGGUUUCACCGUCACCAGGGCGAGGAUUAGCCACAGUGGCUCUGUUAAGCUGAGCAUCUACAUGACAGUCUACACAAUCACCUAUGUUAUCCUGUUCAUCUAUGAAGCAGAGUUCUUUGACCCAGGUGAGGUGCUUUAUGCCUAUGACAGCCCUGCAGGCUACGGCCUGAUGGGCCUGCAGCUGGUCGCUUACGUGUGGUUCUGCUACGCCGUGCUGGUCUCGCUGAAACACUAUCCUGAAAAACAGCCCUUCUACGUCCCUUUCUUCACCACAUACACUCUGUGGUUUUUCGCCGUGCCUGUGAUGGCUCUGAUCGCCAACUUUGGGAUUCCUCGAUGGGCUCGGGAGAAGAUUGUGAACGGCAUUCAGCUCGGCAUUCACCUCUACGCUCAUAUCGUUUUCCUUGUCAUAACGAGACCAUCAGCAGCCAACAAGAACUUCCCGUAUCAUGUUCGGACCUCCCAGAUUGGGAUCUUGCAGUCCAGCCCCAAAGGAGGCGAGGGAGGGGAAAGCUUUCCCCACCAUGCCUAUGGGAACAGCUCCUUCCUUGGAGAUUCUCAACCUAACUUCACUGAACUCUUCUCCAUCCAAUCAGAUCCGGUGAAGACCGUGGAAGAGACAGUUGCUCGUAAAGGACCUGAUGUGCCGAGGAACAGCGAACAAAAGAUUAUUACCACUGCUGCAGACUUAACCAUGAUAUUGCCCCCACCUCCACCUCCGAUACCCCCACGCCCCGCCUCCCGCUCUCCCCCAAUGCCCCCUCGACUUCCAUCCUUCACAGAGUACUUCAGCAUGCAGAGCGGCGGUGGAGGAGGCUUUGGGACGAAGGCAUGAAGUGGAUGAGAAAGCGGGAAAGACUGCAGCAGAAAGGAUGAAGGCUGCAGACAGAAUUUACAAAGCUGGUGGGAGAGAAAAAGGUCAUCCUAAAUAACAGAAGAAUUAUACAUGAAGGGACAUACAUGAGAAGUCAUCACAAAAGUAAAUCCCUAAAUGGUCCUUUUAACUUGGAAAUGGAAAUGACCUGUAUGGAGAAGCUAGGGGGAUGGCUAAGACGCAAAUGCUGAGGUUGUAAAAGAAUAAAGAAGCAAUAAAUAUUUGAUGCUGACCAGUUGAAGGCACACGGGAGAGAGAUGACAAAGUGGAUGUAGCCAGAGCAAUAGAAUGAUAGCUGUGCACAAUGUGGAAAUGAACAAAAUUCUUGAAAUACUUUUAUUCAAAAAUUCAUGAGGACUUGAUGGUGUGCCUGAAGGAGUUUGUAAAUAGCGAAAACUGUUGAGAGCAACAAUUAUGAAUAGUUUUAUUUCAAAAUACGAAAUGAAUUCAUGGUUUCUUUCCCCUAAACAUGACAUUCCAGUUGGUGCUUCGACCACAGAGAAAUCCCAUGCCUUUAUGUUUAAAAUACAUUAGAAGAAGAAGAAGAAAAAAAAACUUUUUUAUGUUUAAGACAUUUUUGAUAAAACUUAGAUAUAUUUAUGGUAUAUGGAGUAUGUUGUGUUUAUUUAUAUUCUUACUGUAUAAGUCCUCAUUGGAGCUGGUUUUUCUGGAUCAAUAUACUGAUGUGUAACUGUAAAAACCCCAAAGUACAGUACUCGUAAAACAUGCAUGUUUGUGUUGUAUUUUCUGUCCGAAAGGCAGAUAUAUGUGCUCCAUGUGACCAUAGAAUAUUCGCUUAUUGUGUGUGUUGAAAUCCACACUUCUGCAAAUACAUACAAUAGGCUGCAAUAUGUUUGUUUUUUUUGUUGUUUUUUUACUGCAAAACCUUUGUUAAUUACUAUUCAAAUCAAAGCUGUCUUGCAGUAUUUUUAACUAAUAAGUAGAAGUAGGCAUGGGCUGGUAGGAUAUUCUGAAUUCUGGUAACUUUAAGAUAAAACCACAGUUUCACAACAUACUUUGAAAUGUUUAAACUUAAUAUUUAAAAUUAGAGAGCCCACAAUCUAUUCAUGGGUCAUUUCUGAUUUUGUAAACAUCCGACAUGCUGUAAAUAACUUUUAGCAUAUUCCAAAUUUUCUGAAUAAUUGCAACAGUUUAAAAAUUUACUUGUUUUUACAACUAUGUACAAUGAGGAGGUAAUGUCACUAUGUGCUUGUAUGUGUGUGUAUG